GGUCACCGCUCUGAGUCCCGCCCCGCCAGCCCGUGCCAUCUUGUGUUUAGCAAGAACAAAAACGGGGGAAGAAAACACGCCCGGCCCGGGGACGGGGCGCGGAUUUUCAGGCUGCUUUUUAGGCGUGUUUUUCAGAAAGGUUGGUGCAGCUGGACAGUAUGCUCGGAGGAGUAGCGGCGGGGAGAAACAGCAGCCACACCCCGCAGGACAGCUCCGGUUAACGUUAGCUCUCAGGUUAUCCGAGUUAAGCUAAGCUAACCAGUUAGCAGCGGCUAAGAGCGCAGGACGGAGGCGAGCUUCGAGUCUGAGCCGGUGUGUGACAUCUGGAAACCCCGCAUUAACUUCACGAAUAUCAGCAGGGACCUGAAUGGAAAUGCCCCGAACGUGGUGGUGACUGUGUGCAGAGAGGGAUUCCGGGCUAUGUGGAUUGAGGUCCACUGUUAGCUCGGCUGCUAACAGUUGUUUUUCGGUUCAGAGCGGAACCACAAUAAGCCGCGUCUGCAGCACUGACCUGAGCUCCUCUCUCCAUCCUCCAGGCCCUGGCCAUGCCCUCGAAUGCGCGGGCGGGCAAUCUGAAGGACCCCGAGGUGGCUGAUCUGUUCUGCAAAGAUGACCCGGAGAAGCUGUUCACCGACCUCCGGGAAAUCGGCCACGGGAGCUUUGGAGCGGUGUACUUUGCCCGUGAUGUGCGCAACAAUGAAGUGGUGGCCAUCAAGAAGAUGUCGUACAGCGGCAAGCAGACCAACGAGAAAUGGCAGGACAUCAUCAAAGAGGUGAAGUUCCUGCAGAAGCUUCGCCACCCCAACACCAUCGAGUACCUGGGCUGCUACCUGAAGGAGCACACGGCAUGGCUGGUGAUGGAGUAUUGCCUCGGCUCGGCCUCGGACCUCCUCGAAGUUCACAAAAAGCCACUCCAGGAAGUAGAAAUAGCUGCUAUUACCCAUGGUGCACUGCAGGGAUUGGCAUAUCUUCACUCUCACAAUAUGAUUCACAGGGACGUGAAGGCAGGAAACAUCCUGCUGACGGAGCCGGGUCAGGUCAAACUGGGGGACUUUGGCUCCGCCUCCAUCGUGUCUCCGGCCAACUCCUUCGUGGGGACGCCAUACUGGAUGGCUCCGGAGGUGAUCUUGGCCAUGGACGAGGGCCAGUACGACGGGAAGGUGGAUGUCUGGUCCCUGGGCAUCACCUGCAUAGAGCUGGCGGAGAGGAAACCCCCCCUGUUCAACAUGAAUGCUAUGAGUGCCUUAUACCACAUCGCUCAGAAUGAAAGCCCCGUCCUGCAGUCCAAUCACUGGUCCGAUUCCUUCCGCAGUUUCGUCGACUCUUGCCUACAGAAGAUUCCCCAGGACCGGCCUACCUCGGACGUGCUUCUCAAUCAUCGCUUCUUGUGCCACGAGCGCCCGCUGACCGUCGUCAUGGACCUGAUCGCACGCACCAAAGACGCGGUGAGGGAGCUCGACAACCUGCAGUACCGCAAGAUGAAGAAGAUCCUGUUCCAGGAAACCCAACAGAACGGCCCCGUCACCGAGGGAGGCGAGGAGGAGGAGGAGGUGGAGCCGUACCUGCUGCAAACGGGCACCGUUAACAGCAUGGAGAGCUCCCAGUCUGUUCCCAGUAUGUCCAUCUCAGCCAGCUCUCAGAGCAGCUCGGUCAACAGCCUCGCCGACGCCUCCGACGACAGCAGCAACGAGAUGGCCAUGAUGCAGGAGGGCGAGCACACGGUCACCUCCAACAGUUCCAUUAUCCACCGACCCACGGGUCAGGACAACAUCUACGAUGAUCCGUACCAGCCGGAGAUGGAUCAGCCUCAGGCUCCUUCAGCUGGACGCCGGCGAGCCUUCUAUCGAAACCGUGACCACUUUGCCACCAUCCGCACAGCGUCUUUGGUGACCCGUCAGAUCCAGGAGCACGAGCAGGGCUCGGCGCUGCGUGAGCAGAUGUCCGGCUACAAACGCAUGAGGCGGCAGCACCAGAAGCAGCUGAUGAGCCUGGAAAACAAGCUGAAGGCGGAGAUGGACGAGCAUCAGCUGAAGCUGGACAAAGAGCUGGAGAACCAGAGGAACACGUUCUCCACCGAGGCCGACAAGCUGGGCAAGAAGCACCAGGCCAUCCUGGAGAAGGAGACGAAAGCUGCUCUGGCGGAGGAGAAGAAGUUCCAGCAGCACAUCCUGGGCCAGCAGAAGAAGGAACUCACCAGUUUACUGGACUCGCAGAAACGCCAGUACCGCCAGCGCAAGGAGCAGCUGAAAGAGGAGCUGAGCGAGAACCAGUCGACUCCGAAGCGGGAGAAGCAGGAGUGGCUGGUCCGUCAGAAGGAGUGUCUGCAGCAGAUGCAGGCAGAGGAGGAGGCCAGCCUGCUGCGGCGGCAGCGGCAGUACUACGAGCUGCAGUGCCGCCAGUACAAGAGGAAGAUGCUGCUGGCUCGCCACAACCUGGAGCAGGACCUGCUCAGAGAGGAGCUGAAUAAGAAGCAGACCCAGAAGGACCUGGAGUGCGCCAUGCUGCUGCGGCACCACGAGUCCACCCAGGAGCUCGAGUUCAGGCAGCUGGGUACGAUGCAGCGCACCCGUGCCGAGCUGAUCCGAACGCAGCACCAGACCGAGCUGACCAAUCAGAUGGAGUACAACAAGCGGCGCGAGCAGGAGCUUCGGCAGAAGCACGCCAUGGAGGUCCGGCAGCAGCCCAAGAGCCUCAAGUCCAAAGAGCUGCAGGUCAAGCGUCAGUUCCAGGAGACCUGCAAGAUCCAGACCCGUCAGUACAAAGCUCUGAGGAACCACCUGCUGGAGAGCACUCCAAAGUCCGACCACAAGGCCGUCCUCAAACGCCUCAAAGAGGAGCAAACACGUAAGCUGGCCAUCCUGGCCGAGCAGUACGACCACUCCAUCAACGAAAUGCUGUCCUCUCAGGCUGUGAGUAAGGCAAGGAAACCUCCGUGCACCUGCACACCUGACAACCACCCACACCUGAAACCCCGCACACCUGACAACUUCCCACACUUCAGCACCAGCACACCUGAAAACCUGCACCUUAGAACCAGAGGCCUGUACUACAAGGCAGGAUUUGGGCUUAUCCAGCUGCGGCUGGAUGAGACGCAGGAGGCCGAGUAUCAGGUCCUCCGCAUGCAGCUGCAGCAGGAGCUCGAGCUGCUGAACGCCUACCAGAGCAAGAUCAAGAUCCACACGGACACGCAGCACGAGCGCGAGGUGAAGGACCUGGAGCAGAGGGUGUCGAUCCGCCGGGCGCUGCUGGAGCAGAGGAUCGAGGAGGAGAUGCUGACUCUGCAGAACGAGCGCUCCGAGCGAAUCCGGACGCUGCUCGAGCGCCAGGCCCACGAGAUCGAGGCCUUCGACUCGGAGAGCAUGCGUCUGGGCUUCAGCAACAUGGCGCUGACCGGCAUCCCGGCUGAGGCUUUCAACCAGGGCUACCCGACCCCCAGCCCGUCCUCGGGCUCCGGCGGCUGGCCGUCGCGGCCCGUCCCGCGCUCCGGCAGCCAUUGGAGCCACAGCGUGCAGAACUCGGUGACGACUCCAUCCUGGCGCAGCCAGAAUCACGGCGGCGGAGGCUUCAGCCGCGCCGAGUCCAUCGCCUCGUCCCACGGCCUCGGCAGGGACGGCGAGAUGAGCAAGAGCCGGGGCCACUCCUCCUCCUCCCAUCACCAGCAGCACUACCUCCCCCAGCACUACCAACACCACCAGAGCACACCGCAGCUCUACCGCGACGCCCACGAGCGCGACUCCAGGGAGCGGGAGCGCUCCAGGGAAUGGGUGGGAGGAGGCGGCCACUACGCCCAUCACUCCCAGGGCCACCACCUCUCCUCCCAUGCCUCCUCCCAGUCCCUGGCCCUCCUGCCUCCGCCACCUCCGCCUCCUCCCAUCGCCCUCUCCACCUCCUCCCCUCCCUCCUCCACCUCCUCGUCCUCUUCCUCACAGGGCGGCUACAGUGGUGGCGGUCUGAGUGUCAGGGGCCCCAGCCUGAUGGCGCUCAGGAACAGCCCUCAGCCGCUGAGGCGAACAGCCUCCGGGGGGCCUGGUGGCGGGGGGAGCGACAGCGGGCUGACCCGGAGCACGUCGGUCACCUCGCACAUCUCCAACGGCUCUCACCUCUCCUACUCGUGAAGCCGGCGCUGUUCUUCGUCCGGGGGCGCCGUCCUGCUUCUCUCAGGGGACACAGAAGCAGAACGGCGCCAUUUUGAGACGCCGUUUCGGUCUUCAGCGCUCUGAUCCUAAAAAAAACUCGUCACAAGUUUUAAAAAGUCAAUUUUGAACGUGCCCUUUAUACGCAGUCACUACAGCUGCACGGGAGCAGCGAUCAGUCAACAACACGUCCAGCUACCGCGACGCCAACACGUCGACCGAGACAGAGCGACGGCUGUGGAGCUUCCACUCGGCUCGCGGUGCUUUAUAAACCACUGUAACUAUGUACAUAGCUGAACUGUAGACGCCGUUUCUGGUUCCUAAGUGUUUCAUACAUUCAGGGCGGGGGGCGGGGUUUGAAGGCGUGGUGUACAGGCGGCGACCGAUUUCGUAAAAUCAACUUUUAUUUGUAGUGCUAAGAUUCUGUACACGACAAUAAAAACAAACACUGCCGUCUUUCUGUUGACCUGACACAAACCUACCACUGCCCUCCGAGCCACUUAAAGGAACACGCCCAUGUCGCCGUGAGUCGCCUCGGUGUCAGCGCGCUCGCUACAGGAAGCCCCUCCAUCUUUGUUUUUCUUUUGUUCAAACAACCAAGUUUACGAGAUCUCUGCGUAGUGACGUUUACACUCGUCUCUGAGGCAGAUGUUCUACUUCCUGUUGAUCCCAUCGUACGGGAAUGAUCUACUGGCCAGCAGGGGGCGCUGUGAGUGGUCAGACUGAAAGAGCACAUUUUAUUUUAGUUUCCGGCAUCGUUAACGUCUGCUGAUGCGUGCUGAAUUAGGAUGGCGCCUGUUUCUGAACGAUAACUCCAGCAGGCAUCAGGAGGAGAGUCAGCUGCCUGUGGAUGAUGCUGCUGCUCAAGACACGCCUCGAAUCAAAAUGGAGGAUGCCAUAAAGCGAUUUGUGGCGUUUUCACUACAACAGAAAAACGUAAAACAAGUUUCAUGAAGAAGAAAGUUUACGUUUCUCUUUCAGCUUCGCACAAUUCCCAAACUGGCAAAUGAUCCGUGCCACGUUCUUACUCUCAGCACCUCACGCAAGAUUUAGCUUCAGGUGGAAUUCUUUAAAUGGUGUCUUUGCGCGUUUAGUCUGCAGGUAACUUAACUUAAAGGUGUGUUUACCUGCCGUCAUUAUCCUGUUGUAAUGCUAAGCUAGGCUAACCGGGGCUCCUCCCUGUGCUUAAUCUGAGAGCUCGACGUCGGGCGACUCGUUCCUUCAAAGUGACGCCGCCGCAGAGUUUUAGAACUGAAAGUGUGUGUGUGUGUGUGUGUGCGUGCUCCGACAGCUAACCCCACACCUCCACCUGACCCCCCCCUUCCUCCCUCCACACUCUGCAUCUGUAGAUAAGGUGUACAUGUGCGUCACAGAGUAGUGCGGUGCAUGGAGCUCGUGUACAGGCGGCGUUUGUAUGAAUAAACAUGCACACUACCUAUUUAUAUAAAAGCUUAUAGAUGUAAGAUACCUGUGUACAGGUAGCAGGUAAACUGACGAUUGUUCACUGUCCAAAACUCUUGACUUGUACAUAGAAGCACUAAUAACUCUGAGGCUGUGUUAGAGUAAUAAUGAUGAUUAUUUUGUCACGUGACCUGAUUUGUAGACGAAUAGACGCCAUCAUUAUUAUUACCUCUACUGCAGCUGGAAUAUUUAUGUUGUACGCUAAUUUUUAAAUGUGGAUUGCCAAUUUUGACCACUAGGUGGGGAAUAAGCGCAAUGUUACUGUGAUAGAGUUAUAAAAAAUAUUCACGUUUCUAAGGAGGACAAAAAGGACUACCUUUCCCAGCAUUCCUGUCGAGGUCUCAGGGUGGGAGUCUCCAGUUCUGGGCAGGGCUGCAGGGUUUUUUGUCUUGUUUUCAUUUCUUCUUUUUUUGUUUGUUUGUUUUGUUUUGAGCCAGUAUUAUCACAUGACGUAUGGACAUAUUUCCGGAUCUUUCACUACGUUUUGGUGCCAUAACUUUAUCAUUUUUUUGUUUUACACAUCGCAGUCUUUAUGGUGCGAAAAACUUUCCCAAAAACACUGUAACAUCUGCAAGAACACCUCCAAAUACGGAAGCCCAAAGGUGUCCAAUAUUAGACUUUUUAAAAAAAUGAAUAGUAUUUAUUAGUAUAAGCAGGUUUUAAAACGUCAACCUAUUAUCAAUACAUUCUUUAAUAACUAAUGGCAGACUAACACUCUAAGAAUAUUUUAUUUUAUAUUUUUUAGUUUUUUAAAUAAAAAUUCACAUUUAUUCCCUAAAGAAUUCCAGUUUUGUGUGUUUUGAGCUGGCAGUGGACCUCAGAGCUGUAAUUAUAAUUUUAUUUAAAAUUUAGAGUAAAACCACUUUAACAUUUUUAUUUUUUUUUUUUUCUUCAUGGCUUUUUCCCCAAAGUAACUGAACCCAUUAAUUAACCAGACAUCAGCAGCUCACCUCUGUCAUCCUUUGUCUUGGCACCCUUUUUAAUUUUAUACAUUUGUUUAUUUAUUGGUUUUUAUAUUUGAGAUUUUAAAAACGUUUAAAUUACAUGAGAGCUAAAAAGAGACUUCUGUUAAAACAACCUUUCAGUCAUUCAAUUUUUUUUUUCUAAACAAAAAACCCAUUUGGUGUUAAUGAGUUAAAUUUUAAGAUUUAUAAUAAGUUUCAAGUUUGUUGGGAUAAACUUUAAAUUAUUUGCGUUUAAGGUGAAUAUUGGCAUCUUUGGGGCUCCGUACAGGAAUUCCACUCUGUGUGUUUUCCAGACAAACACCUCUGUUUCAUUUUGCACAGUCCGAAUGGGUAGAAGAUCAUCUUUUUGUCACGUCUACCUCAUUUGCACUGAAAGGAGACGAAUGUUCAGGUGGACUUUUGAGGAAAAACAAAAAUUUCUUGGCUUUUUUUCGUUUUCCUUCAUUUUGUGCAAAUGUUGACGGGACGAUGAGUGCAAGCAGGAAGGGACAAACUUAACGCCGCGCACAGUGGAAAACUGUCCGCGGGACGUGCUGGACUUUAAAGACACGAAACGCUGCGCUGAGGAAGAUGUUUGGUGGGGCGGGGCGGGGUGGGCGCAGUGCUCCUCCUCCUCCUCCCUCAAAAAAAAACAAACUUCAUUUUGCCAACUUUGUUUUUUUUUAAAUAGCAUUUAUUGUGAAAUGCUAACCAUUCCUCAAGUGUUAUUUUGCCAAUUAAAGCUGCAGACCGAGGAAGAAUCCAGAUCUUCAUCUACGUUUACAGCCAUGAGCAGUUUACUGACUGCAGGAUUUCUGUGUAUUGUCACGUGGUCACAAUUUAUAGGACGUGUUCAUGUUUGCUGUCCUCAGCGACAGUUACAGAGAUGUUUUCAUGUUCUGGUCAACAAAACGUUUAAAAUGCUUUUUAAAUGUGUCGUCUUUAUAUUAGGAGCUGAAACCGGUCAAUCGAACAGUGUGAUUGGAAAUUUAUUGAUAAGUAAUUUUUUUGGGACAAAGUUAGAUUGUCAUGUUGGAGCUUCUCCAGGAUUUUAAAAUAUCUCGUCUCCUUUAAGAGGAAAGAUGUUCACAAAGGAAAUCUCUUUAAAAUGUAUAUUAUUAUAAAAUGACACUAAUCGUUCUUCAGCUGAUUGUUCUCUUUCCAACAAAGUUUUAAUGUGCUUAAUUACAGCACAAGUCCUAAAAACACAAACGAAUUACAGUUAAAAUCGUAUAAAACAAACUUUUGGAACUAGAAAAAAACGUCUAGCAGCAAAAGUUUCAAUCUUUAUCGAUUUAUCGUUUCAGCUCCACAUUUUUCACUUUUUCUACAUUUUUAUUUCAUUUUCUCAGACUGCUCUGUGCUGUGUUCAAGGACAGUUUUACAUUUAAAAACUGAAGGUUCACUCUGUUUGAAAGUGCAAAGUUACCGAUUUCAAGAGUGGAGGGCAAACAAAAUGUUUCUGUUCGAUUCCUCACAUUUCCUCCUGCAGCUUUAAACUUUCAGAAAAAAAAAAAGAAAAAUCCCCGGGAGCGUUUGAGGCCGUCAGCGUGAUGAGGAUGAAGAGAAGGAGGCAGAGUCGACUGCUGUUUGUGUGCAGAGCAGGAUGAAGGCUGUGUGUAUGUCAAAGGAGGGCGAAGUGAAAAUGUUCAGGUCGAGUGUUUCAGGAGCGUUGGAAAAAUGAGUUGUACAGAAACGUAAUAAAAUAAUUUUGGAGAAAUAAAAGAACAAAAACAGAAAA